AUGUCAACCUCCAAACCCACGAUAAUCGACGACAAAUCGCACCAUUGCAUCCCCUUCAUCCUCUCCCUCCUCGAAGCACAAGAUGCAAAGACACAGACCGAUUCUACUUCCACCACGAAACCUUUCAUAAUCGGCCUCAACGGCGUCCAAGGCGCCGGCAAAACGACCCUGGUAACCACCCUCUCCUCAACCCUCAACGCUCGCGGCCUCCGCACCCUCGUCUGCAGCAUCGACGACCUCUACCUGACACACGCCGACCAAAUCUCCCUUGCACAAGCCCACCCUUCAAACCCGCUCGUCCAACACCGCGGUGAGCCGGGCACACAUGAUAUGGUUCUGGCGCGAGAGUUAUUCUCUGCAUUGAUGGAAGGAAGGGAAGUUCGUGUCCCGGAAUACGAUAAGAGUUUAUUCUCUGGACAAGGCGACCGUGUGGAUCCCAAGGAGUGGAAAGUUGUCAAUGCACCUGGAGAGGAGAAGAUCCAAGUUGUGAUUUUCGAGGGGUGGUGUGUUGGAUUCCGAGCGUUGAGUGAUGAUGAAGUGCGGGCGAAGCAGAAGGGGGAGAGUAGGACGUUAGGGGAGCAUAGGAUUGAGGAUUUACUGUUUGUGAACGAAAGGUUGAGGGGCUAUGAGGUUGUGAAUGAGUGCUUUGAUGCGUUCGUUCAUGUGGAUGCCGAGGAAACAGAGUAUGUGUAUAAGUGGAGACAGGAGCAGGAAGAGGCGCUGAGGAGGGAGAAGGGGAGUGGCAUGAGUGAGGAGCAGGUGGUGAGGUUUGUGGAUGGGUACUAUCCGGCCUACGAGCUGUACACGGAUACGUUGAGGGAGGGGUUUUUUGAGGGAAGACAUGGGUCGGAUGGUAGGCAGUUGAGGCUGGUUGUAGGGAGGGAUAGGAAGGUUAGAGAGGUUGUGAAGAUAUAA